UUCUUGGAGUGACACUCGACAUAUAUAUAAUAUAAACAAAUUAUUUAGUGUAUUGAUUAUUGGACUCAAUUGUAACAUCUUCUAUCAUUCAAUCAUUUCAAGUUUGUGAUUAUAUAUCAUAAAAGUGGAUUAAGGUCUUUUAUAAGAACGUGUUCAGAUUUUUCCUUUGAGAUUUUGGUGUUCGUGACGUUUGAAAGAUGGAUAGCCCAUCUCCUCAAAAUAGUCCGAUGCCACCGCCUCAAGCCCCCAGUCCUAUGGGUCCGCCUCCUCAGAGCCCAGUGCCACCACAAUCACCACAUAGUCCAUACAAUCAGCAACAUGUAAAUGGGCCAACGCCGUCUCAUCCAAGUGGAUCUGGACAGGCUCCAAUGGCGAAUCAUUUGCAGUCCCCCGGUCCACCGCAUGCAAUCAAUUCAAACAUGAAUGGUCCGCUAGGAGUCUCUCAACAUCCCAAUAUGCCGCAGGGUAACCAUCAAAUGCCUUCCCAUAUGUCUGGCCCUUCUGGCCAUCCUAUUGGAGCUAGUGGAACACAUUCUAGUCCUAAUGGACAUCCAAACAUACCUGGUCAAGUGCCUGCUCAUGGAUACAUUCCCCAUCAAAUGGGUCACAUGCCGCCCAACCAAGCUCCAAUGGGCAUGGGAGGUGGCCCACCGCCGCAAGGAAACGGACCACCCGCUCCAUCUGGAAUACCAUUGCCCCUGGGCCCUCCACCUCAUGGGUCGCAUGCCCAAGGCAUGCCGUCAAUGCAUCCGCAUCAUAAUAUGACGUCAGGGGGCUAUGUGCACUCAGCUCCAUCUCCCGGAGUGUCCUCUACACCACCGGGCACCUCCAGCGGCGCACCACCGUCUGGCGCCCCGCAGCAACCACCGACCUCACAGACACCACCUCAUGGACCGGCUCCACCACCGACUCCACCAGCAAAUGGGGCCCCAUCAUCGUCUCCUAUGCAAGGAUCUUUACCAGCCACGGGCCCGGAUAACCUAAACGCUUUACAACGCGCAAUCGAUUCGAUGGAAGAGAAGGGAAUGCAAGAGGAUCCUCGGUAUUCUCAAUUGUUAGCAAUACGCGCACGAAACAGCCCUCACUUUUCGAACGCUCAAUUGAAUCAAUUGAAGGCUCAGAUCGCUGCAUAUCGUAACCUAGCGCGCUACCAACCUAUAACGCAACAGUUAGCUAUGAUGGCGACCGGCAAACGCACGGGUGAUUCGCCUCCGGAGUCGUGCCCAACUCCACCAGCUCAGCCCCCGUCGCCGUACGGUGGGAGUGCGAACGGGUCCCAGGGCUCCGGUGCCGGGCCCAGCGCGGGCGCAGGACCGAGCGGCAAGCCUGCUACCACGGAGACAACGCGCGGUGCGGGCGGAGCACCCCCCACCCCGUUACCGAUGACAGGCCAAAUGGCGCCACCAACGCAGCCCACACCCCCCCUUCUCAAUCCACCGAUGGUAGGUGGUGCACUUGCGGUGCGCGGCAGCAAGCAAACCCGCGUCACCUGCAUACCGAAGCCUCUGGGGAUAGACCCGAUACAAAUUCUCAAUGAACGAGAGAAUAGGAUCGCAGCGCGCAUCGCACAUCGUAUAGAACUGCUAUCAAACUUGCCAGCUAACAUUCCGGAAGAUCUACGUCUCCAAGCUCAAAUUGAAUUAAGAGCUCUUCGCGUACUCAAUUUCCAAAAACAAUUACGUGCUGAGAUAUUGGCCCAAGUGCGUCGCGACACAACUUUAGAGACAGCUGUGAACAUAAAAGCGUACAAACGCACGAAGCGCCAGGGCCUGCGCGAGGCUCGGGCUACGGAGAAGUUGGAGAAGCAACAGAAGCUGGAGGCCGAGAGGAAGCGGCGCCAGAAGCACCAGGAGUUCUUGCAGACUGUGCUUCAACAUGUGAAGGACUUCAAGGAGUACCAUCGCAACAACGUGGUGAAACUAUCGCGAGUCAACAAGGGGAUACUCAACCACCACGCGAACGCGGAGCGCGAACAGAAGAAGGAGCAAGAGCGUAUCGAAAAGGAGCGUAUGCGACGACUCAUGGCGGAAGACGAAGAAGGCUACCGCAAGCUUAUCGAUCAGAAGAAAGAUAAGCGUCUUGCGUUCCUUCUCUCACAAACAGAUGAGUACAUCGCCAGUCUCACGGAGAUGGUCAAACAGCACAAGCAGGACCAGAGGCAGAAGCAGCAAGAGGAGGAGCGGAGGAAGAGGAAAUCGCGAAAGCGAAAAGCGCUGGAGGGCGGCGACAUCGACGCAAUGGACGACAGCUCGCAAACUUCGGACUCGCGGGUCGGCGUUAUGGAUCCCAAGACUGGCGAGGUACUGAAAGGAGAAGAUGCGCCAUUACUAUCGCAGCUCAAGGACUGGAUGGACGCACACCCUGGGUGGGAGGUACUGUCCGAUUCUGAUGAUUCGGGUGAUGACAGCCAGGAUGAUGAACACAGGAGCCGACGAGACAGGCACCGCGAUGAUAAGAGCGACAGGGAAAAAACCGAAGAGGAGAAAGCGCGGGACAUGAUCAAGAAGGCCAAGGUGGAAGAUGAUGAGUACAAGACGGAGGAACAGACAUACUACAGCAUUGCUCACACGGUCCACGAAUCCGUUACAGAGCAAGCUAGCAUUUUGGUGAAUGGAAAACUUAAAGAGUACCAAAUUAAGGGUCUGGAAUGGCUGGUCUCUCUGUUCAAUAACAACUUGAACGGCAUUCUGGCCGACGAGAUGGGUCUCGGGAAAACAAUCCAAACAAUCGCUUUGGUCACUUAUCUCAUGGAGAAGAAGAAGGUCAAUGGACCUUUCCUUAUCAUCGUACCUCUGAGUACUCUAUCAAACUGGGUGUUGGAAUUCGAGAAAUGGGCGCCAACCGUGCAAGUAGUAUCCUACAAGGGUUCCCCACAAUCCCGUCGGCUCGUGCAAACGCAGAUGCGUUCAGCCAAGUUCAACGUGCUGCUCACUACGUAUGAAUACGUGAUCAAGGAUAAGGCUGUGCUUGCUAAGCUACACUGGAAGUACAUGAUAAUCGACGAAGGUCACCGUAUGAAAAACCACCACUGCAAACUCACGCAAGUGCUGAACACGCACUAUGUGGCUCCACACCGAUUGCUACUAACAGGAACACCUCUGCAGAACAAACUGCCUGAACUAUGGGCACUGCUUAACUUCCUGUUACCGUCUAUAUUCAAGAGCUGCUCGACCUUUGAGCAGUGGUUCAAUGCACCCUUCGCUACUACUGGAGAGAAGGUGGAAUUAAACGAAGAAGAAACGAUCCUGAUUAUCCGUCGUUUGCACAAAGUUCUGCGUCCGUUCCUCCUGCGUCGUCUCAAGAAGGAGGUGGAAAGCCAACUGCCUGAUAAGGUGGAGUAUAUCAUCAAGUGUGACAUGAGCGGGCUGCAACGCGUACUUUAUAAGCACAUGCAAUCCAAGGGAGUUUUACUCACGGACGGCUCCGAAAAGGGCAACAAAGGCAAGGGCGGGGCCAAAGCACUGAUGAACACGAUUGUGCAACUGCGCAAGCUGUGCAACCACCCGUUCAUGUUCCCGCACAUUGAAGAGAAAUUCUGCGACCAUGUUGGCUCCGGGGGCACUGUUGUUUCUGGGCCGGAUCUAUACCGAGCGUCCGGCAAGUUCGAGCUGUUGGACCGCAUCUUGCCCAAGCUGAAGCGAUCCGGGCACAGGGUGCUCGUGUUCUGUCAGAUGACGCAGUGCAUGACCAUCAUUGAGGACUAUCUGUCGUGGAGGGCCUUCCAGUAUUUGAGAUUGGACGGUAUGACAAAAGCGGAGGACCGUGGAGAGCUGCUCAAGAAGUUCAACGAUGUGGGCUCCGAAUAUUUCAUCUUCUUGCUGUCAACACGUGCUGGAGGCCUCGGGCUUAACUUGCAGAGCGCAGACACUGUCAUCAUCUUCGACUCUGAUUGGAAUCCUCAUCAGGAUCUGCAAGCCCAAGAUCGUGCUCAUCGUAUCGGUCAGCGCAAUGAAGUGAGGGUAUUGCGUUUGAUGACGGUCAAUUCUGUCGAGGAAAGGAUCUUGGCUGCAGCCAGAUACAAAUUAAACAUGGACGAGAAAGUCAUCCAAGCUGGUAUGUUCGAUCAGAAGUCCACGGGCUCUGAGCGUCAACAAUUCUUGCAGAGUAUUCUCCACCAGGAUGGCGAUGAUGAUGAGGAAGAGAACGCCCUUCCCGACGACGAUCUGAUCAACGAGAUGAUAGCCCGCUCCGAGGACGAGUUGGAGCUGUUCAAGCAGAUGGACAUCGAGCGCAAGAACACGGAGACACAACCGCGGCUUAUAGAGGAGUCGGAACUGCCGGACUGGCUGGUGAAGGACGAAGAUGAGGUGGUUUGCAGCAAGGGCCAAGGCUGGAACUACCCUGACGAAGAUGAAAUGCUGGGUCGCGGUUCCCGUCAACGCAAAGAAGUGGAUUACACAGACUCUCUCACAGAGAAGGAGUGGCUCAAAGCCAUCGAUGAUGAGUUCGACGAUGACGAAGAUGAUGAUGACGAUGAUGACGAUGAUGAAGUGCUGGACAAGAAGAAGAAGUCUCGCAAGAAGCGUCGCCAAGAAGAUUCGGACGAUGAGGAUAUGCCAAGCUCAUCCAAGAAGAAAACCAAAGCGGAAAUGAGUCCGCUGAAGAAACUGUUGAAGGGCAUCAUGAAGAAAGUCAUCGAUUAUGCGGAUGAGAAUGGGCGUGUGCUAUCUGAGCCAUUUAUGAAGCUCCCAUCGCGCCGUGAGCUGCCGGACUACUACGAGCUCAUCAAAAAACCGCUCGACAUCAAGAAAAUUAUGAACAGAAUUGACGAUGGCAAGUACGAAGAUAUAGCCGAUCUAGAGCGCGAUUUCUUCACUCUAUGCGCGAACGCACAAAUCUAUAACGAGGACACGUCGCUCAUAUACGAGGACUCGGUGCGCCUGCGCAACGCGUUCGUCGAGAUACGGCAGCGGUAUGAGAGUGGGCAGCAGUCGGAAGAGUCGGAGGAGCAGGAUAAAGAGGAAGAAGACUCAGACGGCGAAUCAAAUCGCUCCAUGAAGAUGAAGAUAAAACUGGGAAAGGGGAAGAGCAAAGGGUCGUCCAGGAAACGCAAGCCGCGCAAAUACAUCUCCGAUGAUGAGGAUUACGAGGAGGAUUAAGAUCUCACAUUAUUAUAUCUUAUCGUAUUAGUCGUUAAGAACAAAACAGUAGUUUCUGUAUGUGUAAUUCUGUGUAAUCCCUCUAGUAAUCUGUUAAGUACCAGGAAUACCAGGCGAUUUGAACACGCGGUAAAAACGUGCUUAUUGCUCUUAUAAGUUUGUGCAUCGCAGAAGACAGUUGAUUUCCUAUUUUGAUAAUGAGGACAUAUUAUAGCCCAUAACAAAUUUUCAUGAGCAAUUUCCUCCCGAGUGAAACUUCGUAUGCAUCAGAGUACAUACUAUGAACACUCGCGACCGUCAGCCUCCAAAUCAUAUAGAAUUUUUUUUAGUCACUUGCAGCUUUCAUUUGAAAAUUUGUCAUAUUUUAUUUUAUGUAGUAUCUUGUAAGAAAAACAAAGUAAUCUGACCUUAACAUGGUGGAUUGUACGUCAGCUAGCUGCUUGAACAUGAAAAAAAUAUAUAUUUAAACCGAAAAUACACGUGGCUCCUGUACCAUAUCUUAUAAUAAAGACUCGCAAUCAAAGUUUUCAGUUGAUUUUGUUGAUUAAUAUAUUUUUAUGCAUUUGAAAACUGACCAUUUUUUAUUUGAUUUUUAAGAUAAUAUGUUGUCUUUGUUAUUUAGUAUUUUUCAAAAGUGAAAAGUUAAAUACAUUUUAUCUUAUUUUUCAUUUUAUUUCUUUAUAGUAGCCAGAAGUAGCUAUUUAAGUUUCUUUUCGUCGUUUUAAUUUUGAAAUUAAUUUUUUCUUUGUUUUAAUUCAACAAACCUCUGAUUUAAAAACCGAUGCUGACUGCUGUAACGUUAGAGAAUCAAAAAUACGGUUUUACAUUGUAAUUUUCGCUUCGUGAUUUGAUCAGGUGUUCUUGGGACUCAACGAGAUGAAGUAUAUUUAGGUUUAAAAUAUAAGGUCAUGAAUAAACACAUUAUUAUUCAAAA